CAGCCGAAGAUCCCCUCGUGGGGCCGGCGCCGGCUGAGAAGCCCGCGGCCCAUGACGAUAGCAGCGAGGGCCUCGCCAUUCUGGACACCCCGCUCGCCUUCCCCAAGGACGCCGAGCACGACGAGGCAGAGGUGGCGGAGGACGAGGCCAAGGCCAGCGUGCAGCACAAGGUCGACCCUCAGCCCAUGUCUAUCGUCCAAACUUUCGUUGGGCCACUGCCUUCAGUUUCCACCUCCGGACCAGGCAAUAAUGGAUUCAGAUGAUGAAGUUGAUAAUGCUUCCAGACCUCCUGCAGCUCCAUGUGUCCAAGGAAUCUUCAAAAAAUUAUUCAUACCCCAGAUCACCUACUUCACGAUGGAACUGCUCAUAUAUGCUAUUUCCAUUAAUGGGCAAUGGAGAAGAUGUGACACAUCACAAUAUUUUUAUAGAGCUUUUAACCUUCUUUACCAUGACGAUGAAUUUUCCAGUUAUCAAGCCACAUUUCCAUCGACCGACGUGGCUCUGACCAGACACGAACAAUUUCUAAUCUCACCACAUGAAUGGCACUCUUGGUCUCAUCAGAUAUAAACACACAUGUUCUACUUGCUAAUGUUGAUUGCUCUGCUUGCAGUUGUUGUUA